GCAAUCUAUGUCUCGCAUGCGAAGGUACUUCUAUAGUUGGGUUCUUUUUGCCUGAGUAGUGACUUCAUCCAUUGGGCGCGCGCAUUUCAAACGAUAUGGCCAACGACAAAGAGAAAAAGAAAGCAGUACCAGUAACCGAAUUGGUAGCUAAUUUCAUCAGUGCAUGUCAGACAUCGGUGAGGAGUGAAGGAAAUACGAUCGGAUGGAAUCAUCUUGAGCUUGAAGGGGCUGGCCGUGGCCAUGAGAUCGCGCCUACUAUCGGUUCUAUGUUCCAGCGCUAUACGAACAUAAUUUCGAACUUCCGUCACAAGACACCUACACGCAAGCUACUUCAUGACUUCUGCGGUCGGCUUGAGCCAGGCGAACUGUUGAUGGUCAUCGGGAGACCUGGUAGCGGUUGCACGUCAUUCUUGAAGGCCCUUUGCCAUCUACACGAAGAGUACAUAGGCACGACCGGAUCGAUUGUGUACAGCGGAAAGCAAGCGGACUUCAAAGCCACCGAUGCGCCAGCAGAGACGACCUUCUGUGCCGAGGAUGACAUUCAUUUCCCAAGCUUGACCGUGAAAGAAACAUUGAGGUUCGCAACCAAAUCCAGAUUUGGAAAUGUCAUGUCGAAGAGUGACAUUGACGGGACAGUCGUUGUUCUCGCUCAAUUGUUCGGCAUUGAUCACAUCCUUGACACUAAAGUGGGAGAUCACAAGAUUUCGGGCGUUAGCGGUGGCGAAAGGCGACGCGUCUCACUCGCUGAAGCCUUCAUAACAUGUCCAGAUCUUCUCUGUUAUGACAACCCAACCGCAGGUCUAGACUCCUCCACAGCUCUAGAGUUCGUCCAGAUGUUACACGAGUAUGCUCGUCAGACUAACAUGGGUGUUGCCGUAAGCUUGUACCAAGGUAGCGACGAGAUGGUUCCUCUAUUUGAUAAAGCUUUGAUCAUCAACUCUGGAAGAUGCAUCUACUACGGACCAAUAGGUUCUGCCAAAGCUUACUUUGAGAAUCUAGGGUUUGCCUGCCCUCAAAUGAUGUCGAUCACUGACUUCUUGAACUCCAUGUCCGCUGAACCGAAAGCGCGACACCUACGUGAAGGUGUUGAGCCUUGGAAGGUGCCUCAAAGUCCUGAAGAGCUCGCACAAGCUUUUCGACAAAGUCAAGAAGGCAAAGAAUUGGCUUUGAAGCUCGACAAUGCUCUGAACGAUGAAGGUCGCGACCAAACCAGUACGAAACAAGUCUCACCAGGCCCUCGAUACCCGGUUCCUAUCUGGAUGCAGAUCCUACUUUGCGCACACCGUCAAUAUCGAAUCUUCAUAACCGACUACAACUCCUGGAUAAUUGAAGCAAUUUGUAUGGUUAUGCAGAGUAUCAUCCUAGGAACGGUUUUCUACGACCUCCCACACUCUUCUCAAAGCCUAUACCAAGUUUCAUCUGUUGUAUUUUAUACAAUCAUGAUACCAGGUUUACAAUCCAUGAGCGAGUUCGGCAACACUUUCGCACAGCGCCCGCUGUUGUUGAAGCACAAAAGAUACCGAUUCUACCACCCAUUAUCCUAUGGCUAUGGGCAAAUCAUGACGGAUAUCGUCUGGAAAGUUGUGGCCAUUGCUUACAACAUACCGAUGUAUUUCUUGGCUAAUCUCCAACGCAAAGCGGACCGCUUCUUUAUCUUUUUCCUCAUCGCCUACAUUUCCCAUUUGACUCUCUCCAUGUUCUUCCGGUUCAUCGCUGUUCUAUCGCCGAGCGUCGAGAAGGCUGGAUUGCCAGUGGGGUUUUUUCUUACAACGCUGGUCAUAUAUACAGGUUGGUACAUUCCACCUCCGCAGAUGCAAGUCUGGCUGAAGUGGUUUCGAUACCUUAACCCAAUGUAUUAUGCCUUUGAGUCACUUAUGAUCAACGAGGUUGGGUCCCAACAGUACUCUUGUAGUCCCAACGAUCUUAUACCCCGAGGCCCAGACUUCACCGAUGUUGCGAACCAGGCCUGCGCUAUUCAAGGCUCUGUGCCCGGAAAUGAAUUCGUAGAAGGCUCGGCGUAUCUUGAAGUGCUCUAUGGGUUUGAUAAUUCUCAUCUUUGGCGGAACAUCGGAAUCAAUGCUGGCCUGUUUGUCCUUUUCGCCGUACUCGUAGGACUUGCUAUGGAGCUCUUAAAGUCACCAGCUGGCCUUAUGGCUACCGUAUUCUAUCGGCGGACCGAAUUCGGGGUCGUUUCAGCCUCUAGUAGCACACAAGACAAGGACGCAGAAGCACAGAACUCAGAAAGUGCGUCCCCCGUAAGGAUAUCCACUGGCUCCACUGAAAAGGAACACACUUCAGCUAGUCUUGAAAAAGGCCGAUCGCUUUCGUGGAGGGAUCUUCAUCUCACUGUUGAUCUUAAAGGCGAGCAGAAGGUAUUGCUGAAUCACCUUAAUGGGUACAUUGCACCAAGCUCAAUGACGGCGCUAAUGGGCGUUUCUGGAGCUGGAAAGACUACUCUUCUCAAUACUCUUGCCGGCCGUUCCGAUGUUGGAAAGCUCAAAGGUACACUGUACCUGGACGGAUCUCCGCUCCCGAAGUCGUUCCACCGGCGUAUGGGCUAUGUUCAGCAACAAGAUGUGCAUCUACCCACUCAAACUGUGCGUGAGGCUCUGAGGCUUCCAGCGUACCUACGUCGACCUACCUCAAUCCCGUUGGAGGAAAAGAACGCAUACGUCGAAGAAGUCAUGGAACUACUGGAGAUCGAAAACAUUGCCGAUGCAUUGAUAGGAGUCCCUGGCGCUGGGCUAAAUCUAGAGCAGCGAAAACGUGUAUCAGUGGGAAUCGAGAUGGCUGCUAAGCCUGAAAUACUGUUCUUGGAUGAGCCAACAUCUGGCUUGGAUGGUCAAUCUGCCAUUUCGAUCAUUCAACUUUUGAAAAAAUUGUCCCGGUCUGGCUACACGAUUCUCUGCACAAUCCAUCAGCCUUCGGCCAUUCUGAUGGAUGGAUUUGACAACUUGUUACUUCUUGCCAAGGGGGGUAGAGCUGUUUAUGAAGGACCCUUGGGAGAACACUGUUCGACUGCGCUCAAAUACUUCGCCCAGCAUGUCGAGCCUUGCAAGGUACCAGAAGAAAAUCCUGCGGAAUAUCUGCUGUCAACUGUGGGCGCUGGUUCUCGAUCUCAAGUCACGAUAGACUGGGCCGAUAUUUGGCUCCAAAGCAAAGAGAAACACGAACGAGAAGAGAAGAUGCAAGAUAACCCGGAGUCAUCUUCAGCGGAAGAUUUGCACGAGAAUCUAUAUGCCACAACACUCAACUAUCAGUUGCAGGUCAUCCUCAAGCGCACCUGGCUUUGGUAUUGGCGCGAACCGCAGUACUUUUCUGCGAAGCUCUGGCUGAACCUUUCCAACGGCCUGCUGAACGGGCUGACAUAUCUGAACAUCCCUUCUACCCAGCAAGGCGCCUACAACCGGGUCUUCACCACCUUCAUGUCAUUCCUCAUGGGCCCGCCACUUGGUCUUGCCUUACAACCGCGUUUCUCUGCUUUCCGGGACAUCUUCAUAUAUCGGGAGAAAGCCAGUCGAUCCUACUCUUGGAUCGUGUUCGUCUUGAGCACCAUCAUCGUCGAGCUGCCCUUUACCUUGAUCACGGCGCUGAUCUAUUGGCUUUUGUGGUAUUACCCCGCAGGUCUUCAGCAAGAUGCUGCACACGCAGGGUACUCCCUGUUGUGCUACUGGCUACUUCAUGUCUUCAUCGUCAGUCUUUCAUUCCUUAUUGUGGCUUGGAUGCCGAAUCUUAAUGCGUCGCUCAUGGCCAACGGGUUCUUCUACAUGUUUGUCAAUACCUUUGCGGGUACUUUGACAGCCAGAGACCUGACCCCAGCUGGCUGGCGCUGGUACUUCGAGGUUUCCCCUCUGUACUACUUGUCUGAAGGCCUGACCACCAACUCUCUGUACGGGACACCAGUACAUUGCACGUCUAGCGAGGUCACAUUGUUCAAUUCUCCAGGAAACACCACCUGCAUCGAUUUCGCUCGCCCAUUCCUGGAGUCUGCGACCGGAUAUCUUCUCAAUCCUGAUGAUCAAGGCAACUGCGAAUACUGUCGGUACGAGUUUGGCCAGGACUACUACCAACCUUUUGGUUACAACGUUGAGAAUCGAUACCGUAACGUUGGCAUCUUCAUUGGGUUCAUUGCAUUCAAUUUCACCGCCGUUAUAGUGGGCACCUAUCUAACGAAGAUCAAGAAAUGGAAGCGUAAAACAGGAUAGGACCCCUUCAGGGUUAUGUUGUAUACCUAGAUGUAUCAUAGAAUUACUUUUAUAGGGAGGACUUAAUUUGAGCUUAGUUAUGGCUGUUCAGCAUCAGCAGUAAUGUAUCACUACUCCAGGACAACAUGAAAUGCGAACAAGUUGUCGUAUACCUGGGUGUUCUAUUCCGGUAUCCACACAUAAUGUGGAUGUGUCAUGCUUGAUACAUAGAGGG